AUUUGACAGGAAGUAAACAAACAUGUCUGAUGACGGAAAUGAAAGUAGAGCCAGUAAAAACACAGAAACUGAAGAGAAGAGCACACCAGCAAGUCCAAGUCAUGUCGCCGAAACAAAAAUUGAUGUACUUUUAAAACCAGCCGGAGAUGCUCCAAUUAUGAAGAAAAAGAAGUGGGCUGUAGACAGGAAUAAACGGAUUGGCUGGGUGGGAGAGUUCAUCAAGAAGUACCUAAAACUUACUGCUCAGGAUUCUGUGUUCUUGUAUGUAAACCAGUCUUUUGCUCCUACACCUGACACAGAAAUUGGCUCUAUAUUUGAUUGCUUUGGGAGUGAUGGAAAACUUGUGUUACAUUACUGUAAAACACAGGCCUGGGGUUAACCACAAGAAGCAGUAGCUGGUGUCUUUAAAACUGUACAAG